CGGCUUGACCUCACACAAUCCCCCAUAUCCACACAAACAUCGCCAUGUCCCAAAAAGUCAACGCCAAGAACCUCUCCUACAACUCCUCCCUCCCGCCCUUCCUCGCCGCUCUCCGCGCCCAGGCCGCCGGCGCAACAGGUCCCGACCCCAUCCUCGCCGCCCAGCGCCGCGGCGCAAAGAAGCGGUCCGGCAGCGAAGAGGCCGAGGAUGCGCCCCUGGUCGUGGACGAGCAUGGAAACGCACUUGAGGAUCUGAAAGCCGAGGAGGAGAGCAAAGAUGAUGGGAAGCUGGACGCGGCGAAAAAGAGCGAGGCCGAGCCGGCGAGGGCCUCGAUAGGAGGGCGGAAGCGCAAGGUCGGCAAGGUGGUUGGCGAGGAGGCGCACGAUGGCGCUGCUGAGAGUGCGGCUACGGGAAAGAAGAGCGAGACGUCAAGGAAGGAAACGGACGAUGCUGAGCAGACCAGCAACCGCAAGCCCAAGAAAAAGGCAAAGAAGAUUAAGCUCAGCUUCGACGAGGACGAAGGCUGA